AUGGCUGCUGCUGUUGGCCUGAGCCCCGGCUCGGCAGACAUUUUCUCCCUGGUAGUUCGGAUGGGGAGAACGGCGAAAAUGCUACACGAUGUUCGAAAAGUGAUACCGGAGGGACUGGCUAGAGUGGGAGCUCAAGUUGAAGGUCUGCACCAAUUAAUAAGUCAGUUAAGUGAGAUACCAGGCUGCCACGAGAUCGCCUUUCGACUGUGUAGAGAUGAUUGUGACAAACUAUUGGAAAAGCUUAGCAAGUUGGAAAAGACCUUCUGCUCGGAGGCGAAGGGAGAUAUGCUGGAUAAGCUCGCAAAAGCUGCAUCAUUGAGGAAUUGGGAAAGGGAUCUGGCGUAUGUUGAGAAUGCGAUUAGGGAUGUUAAAUUAAGCCUGACAUUAGCCCUCUCGACCUGUGGUCUUCUUCCCGAGGCCAAUUCUCUGGCGGAUAGACAUGUCAGGAGAUUGCAUGAGGCAGCAGAAGACGGACUAGAAUCACGACCAAGAUUUGAAGUAGAAGCAAGGGUGGAUCACGGAGAAGACAAAGAAGCGACUGAAAAAGAAACUGCAUCUCAGAUUGUACAGACAUCGAACACAUCAUCAACAGACCGCUGGACCAUCCACCAUCGGAGAGACUCUCUUUUGCAACUUCCCGACUGCACAUCACGGAGAUGUUCAUGUGCUUGUCAUCGAACCCACGAGUUGUCUUCGCGAUUCUGGAGGCUGAAAUACACACCAGCCCUGCCUUUCUCUCGGCAGUGUGACCAGCCUGGGUGUACUGCCACAGAGUACAACACAACUCUGAGAUUAGCAUUGUCCCAGUUCGGUCUUGCCUGGGCUCUAAACCUUGGAAUGAGCGUGACAAAGUCUGCAAUAAAGCUCACAGUUUCUCCGAUCCUCGAAUUGGAGCAGACAGUCCCAUAUACUGCCCCUGGCUUCGAGAUCAUCGCCCGACUUCGGUACGAUGGAAUGAGCUACCAGCAAGCGCGACAAGCAUUUAUCCAUCUAUUCAAAACAGUACCAAACCUCAAGAAUCAUGUCGAUCCCAGCGGCAAGUCAUACAUUCAAGUACUCUUGGAGUCUGUUUGGUCAGCCAACGAUCAGCUGAACCUUCUAGAGCUGCUUAUGGGGGAAUUUGAAAUUACUCGCGGGAGGGACGAUGUUAGGUUUUUGACGCAAUGUGCGACCUGGAUCGGAGAAGGGCCGCAUAUGCCGCUGCUCAACGAACUCUUGGACUACGGCUUUGAUGUGAACAGACUCAGCUGUCCAAGUGUCCUGGACUGGCCUCAACCCUGCUCACCGAAUUGGAUAAGUGAGGAACUGACUAAUGACCCGUUUUUUAUCACUUACAUCUCCAUUUUAUGCGAGCAGAGCCAAGGUUUUGGUGGAAUGUCACCACUUCACGAAGCUGUCCUUUUUGGGACCGACGAGACUGUGCAAAAAUGGCUUUUGAAGUCAGAACACGAUCAGAAGAAUUUCCUUGGACAGACACCGCUUCAUUUCGCUGCUGCUCAAGGCCGACACCUCGACUCGUUGAUUGCAUAUGGCCACAACUUAGAUGCGGUCGACUAUCAUGGGAACACUCCGCUUAUGUACGCGACAGCAAUGAAUCAAACUGAAUCGGUGAUGAUAUUAAUUGACUCUGGCGCAAAUCCCGGCAUCCGCGAGAACAACUACCGCCGUCUGUUCAUAGACUAUGCUGCUUCUCGCGGCCAUUGGCGUUUACUGCUUGAUAUUAUUGACCAUAUCAGAGCAAUAGUAGGGCAAGAACUUACAAAUCCGUGGGCAGAGAAGGCAACCGUAACAUUUCAUCUCUCUUACUUGAAAAGUCGCGUCGAUGGAACUGUCUCACUUGGAGACUUUUUAUCUAGGUGCUCAAAUGCUGAUUUCACCUUUCUCAUGAGACCUGAUCAAGGCGGCACCCAAACUCUACUGCAUAAUUGCAAGUCCGUUGAGGACAUUGAAGAGCUGAUAUCUGCCGGAUUCAAAAACAUUGACCAAAGGAACAGCCUUGGCCAAACUGCACUCAUGUGUGCCAUUUCAGAACAGGUGUCUGCAGCGGUUGUAUUGAAACUCAUCCAAGCUGGUGCCGAUGUCAAUCUCAAGGAUGAGAAAGGCUGCGCCGUUCUACAAUAUGCGCUUCGAAACGUCAGCUUUUCCUUCCACUACCAUCCGAAUGAAGGCAUGGAAAUCUUAAGCAUCCUCCUGCGCCAGGGCGCUGAACUCUAUCCCAAGCAGAACUGCAGAUGUCCAUGUUCGCCUGAUGGGCUCGCGCCAGACAUUGAGCUUAACACAGAUAGCGACUUCACUCAUUUUUGGGGGCCACCCGAAGCUCCUAUCUGGUGGUUGGAAUGGAUCACGCAAAUAUAUGAAACUCGAGGUGAAGAUGAUGCCCGGACGACGCUCCUUGCAAUUAUCCGAAGGCUCAAACACAAGCAGCAGGACGUGAGCCAUGUUUGUUGUCCCAUGAGUUUGAAAAGGGGCUUCUUCUGGGACCAUCUAAAGAGUAUGGCGGAUGUGCUCCAGAUUAGUGAAGAGGAUAUCGAUGAUAUCUUAGAAGAGGAAUCGGAGUUUAUUGAGUCGUUGGAGGAGGAGAUCAGAUUGGUCUCUAAUUUCGACUACCACACUUUGAUGAACGAGCUCAUCUUAUGUUUAAAAACAGCAAUAGAUGGCGUGAAAAGGAAGCGCGACGCCCAAGCGAAGGCGGUACUGCGACCGAAGCUCGGGAGAGAGGGGUUCAAAAUAGACCGGAAGAACGACCGUUUUAUUCCGGCCCCCAUUGGAACUGUUUGGGCUCCCUAUGAAGGCCAUUCCUAUGGAACGAGUGAGCUUUCGGCAUAUGUCUCCUGGUUGGCACAUCAGGGGUUCUAUGGUGGACCAGCUGUGCUCGCAGAGCCGGCACAAGAGCAAUGGCUCUUUAGACGGAUUUCAUGGAUCCGUUUGCUUUUGAAUGCUUUCGAAAUAUCGCUUGAGGAUAUCUUUCAAAAGGUAAAUGAAGAAGACGAGCCCGGGGCAGGAUUGAAAGACAAGAGAGCAGGGAAGCAUCUCCGAUCUUUAUGGGCAAAGUAUCCAACAAAGUCGUGA